ACAUUCAUUUCUAUUAAUACUCAGAGCUCCACCAUGUGUCAGGUCAACAAUAUCUUGUGACAGGCAGCUUCGCUCUCGAAGGGACAUUUUAUUAACAGAAAUAGCAAAUAUUUCGAGCGUUGCCUGUUAGAAAUACCGAACAAAUGUUUUAAGCAAGUUUACCAUUUAUUAUUAAAGCGCAGCCUGGACAGAAGAACCUUGAAGAGCGUUUGAGGCGUACAACUCUAGUACACUUCUAAACUCAGAAGCUCUUGUCGGGAUGUCCCGGGACACUUUUGCCUUCAGUUCUGCCUCUCUGCGCUCCUUAAGGCUGGAGCAGGAGCUGCAGGACUGGGAGGAGGCCAGGCGGGCACUGGCACACAGGAGGGCUAUGACAAGACGUCCGUUACCGGCAGCCCCCAGACUCCGACAUGGAAACGAGAGGAUCCAGACAGUACGGGCUCCGCCUCCCCAAAUACGCUGCAGAGACCCAGCCGUCCAUAACAUCUUCAUGUGCGGGGAUAUGAAGAGAGUGUAUGCCGUCCUCAAAGACCCAGGCAUGGUGAAUGCACUGAUGGAGACGGUGCAUGAGGAGAUGGUGUGGGCCCCGGAGAUGGGAAUGUGGACUCUUACCUCGAAGGUAAAGCAGACGUCUGCGCUGCGUCUGGCUGCAGGCAGGGGGCACUCCGGCUGUGUCGAGGAGCUGCUGUUUAGGGCAGCGGAGGUGGAUGCAGACCCAGGCGGCCGUACAGCUUUACACGAUGCCUGCUCUGGAGGCCAUUACAUCUGCGUGCGCCUGCUCCUAGACCACGGGGCUGAUCCAGACCUGCUGGCCGCAGACGGCAAUGCCCCGUUGCACCUCUGUAAUGCAGCAGAAACAUAUCAGUGUGCUGAACACUUGGUGACCAGCGGUGCGCUGGUGAACGUGGCCCAGCGAGACUCGGGUCUCACCCCCCUUCACGUGGCCUGCAGGAGAGGACUGGAGGACCACGUGGAGCUCUUCCUGUCCUACGGAGGGGACGUGACCGCUCGAAGCCAAGAGGGUGAGACGCCUCUGAACGCGGCCUGCGCUGGGGCGGAGAGGCCUGCAGAUGCAGGACGGUAUCUGCGUAUUGUCCAGAAGCUGCUAGCGGCUGGGGCUGAUGCUCAGACUGCUGGGAGGAAGAAGCAUACGGCCCUGCAUAACGCCUGUGGGAACUGUUGCCCCCGCAUAGUUAAACUGCUGCUGGAACACGGUGCUCGUGCAGACGCUGCUAACUGUGCUGGAUACACACCCAUGGACUGCCUCUUACAGGUAAUAGAAGAUUACCCAGACCAGCAACCGGAGGUUGUGGCUCAAUCUCUUCUUAACUAUGGAGCACAGCCACCCUCCCCUAGAAUGCUGAAACUCUGUCUGCCUUCUCCUGCCACUUUGGAGGUAAUGCUGAAUUGCUAUCCGGUCAUCCCAGCAUGUGAGGAAUGGUUAGAGGACACACCAGAGGAACUACUGAAGGAGCAUCAGUGUUUCUUCGAAGCGGUCAGACGGAUGAGCGGUCAGCCGCGCUCUCUUCAGCACCUCUGCCGCUGCGUGGUCCGAGGCCACUUGGGGUCACUGUGUCACUUCUCAAUAGUCCGGCUCAACAUUCCCAGCACUUUAAAAGAUUAUCUCCUGCUGCUUAACGAUGGCCUGCUCCGUUGAGCCUCGUUUUUAGACAAACAAAAAUAGCUGACUGGAAACAAUGGGGUGAAAUUAUUUUCACAAUAUUUAGCAUCUCUGAUGAAUAUAUGUUGCUAUAAAUCAAUGUUCAGAGGUUUAUGGAUGCCAGUACUAGUAAUGUGGAUUAUGGCCCCUUGCCAAAUGGGGCAGUGCCUGCGGGACUGUCAGAAGCUUUGAACUGAGAGGACCACAAUGGCUUAAAAUACAGACAAAAAGCACAGAAAAUGCAAUAUUGAUACUGAGAGUGUGUUCAUUUGUGCCAGUGGCGGUGGUUCUCACAAUGUGAAAUAAACAAAGAAACGAUAAUGCACUCUUGGCACUAAGUGAAUGCAUUAUGGAUUUUUAUAUAUUUAUUACUUUGAUGUUGUAUACAAUUAUACACUCUCACUUUUGCGGUGUCAUUUCCUUUUUUUUUUAUCACACUUGCUUAUUUUUUUCCUACAUUAAAAACUAAUUU